CGCUCAGCCAGCUCUACAGCACUCGCACGACCAUGUCUUCCGAGCUCCGACACACCGCCAACACCCAGACCGCCCAGCUCCACUCUCGCUACACCGGCACGGGCCACGCCGACGUCACCAAGUACGAGUGGCUCACCAACCAGCACCGCGACACGUCGUCGUCCAUCGUCGGACACCCGGCCCUCCUCCAGUACCUCUCGAUCGCAGACGGCGAGGCGUGCGCGAGGAUGAAGUUCGAGCUCACAGAGCGCAUGCUUCAACCUUGCGGCCCGCCGCCGCCAAAGGACGACGAGUGAGCCACCUCGUGUCGACUCGUCCCUCUUCGACCACUUCUCCCGCCUCGACGCCGUACCGCCUACUCUGCCCCAGCCAUGUUGUAACGCAUACUCUGUCUCUUCUCU